GUCGCAGGUACCGCAUCAGCCGCCAUGCAUGCAGGCGUGAUGCUACUGUCUCACGCCUUUUCAGAUGCAAUCGUGUCUUUGCGAGCCUUGUCAACACUGUAACUACUCUGGUGACUUAUGUGUACCGAUGGUUUCUGCCUAGAGCUGAAAUUAAGCGCAUCGCCCAUGCGAUCACGGGAAACAUUUCCAUGCGUGAACUGCAGGAGGCCUUGAACAAACUUGGAAUGAAUCAGCAGUGGCAUGAGCAAGCCGCUAAAGCCCUCCUUCAGGAUAGCGCUCGUAAACAGACAGCGCAAGAGUUGUUUGAAGCUGGUCUUUUGUUUGACCUUGGCAAGCUUAUUCAUGAUACGCCCGUUUCUUCAGCUUCUCCUCCACAGUCCGGUGGUAAAGGUACCGGCAAAGGCAAAGGCAAGUCCCGGCCCUCUGCUCGCACUCCCUGGGCUGAUCUCACUCCGAGACCUGCCGCCAUCUUUGAAGACGGAGCCAAGAAUCCGCUCUCUGUUAUUUCCAUUAAGGUUGCUCAUGCCGCUGCCAAGGGAGUUUUCUUGGCUGGCGUUGGGGAGUUCGAGUCCUUCCUUGACAUAACCAGCAAUUCCCCGUUGGCCAUGCUUGUGCCUCAGACUCCCAAAGUCCGCUCGAUUUUGCAAUCUCGUGGCGUUGCAUUUGCCGAGCGCCUUGUUGCUCUUCAUGACCCAAACUCCGACAUCACGACUCCGAAACCAGUUUUCCUGAUCACGCUUGGUGGAUCUGUUGUUUUCGCCGAGGCUACACCGGAUGCUCAGUUCGAGGCUCCGGUACCUACAGUUGAGGUUGCUAUUGACAUUGAAAUCCAUUGCAUUGACCCCUGCAUGCAGCAGGAAGUUGAAAAAUAUGCGCGCUACGCAUUUAAGCAAAUAGUGCAUGCUGCCUUUUCAGAACAGAUUGUCUCGGAGUGCUACUCUGUUUUUGUUCGUGCUUCGGUCCUGCAGGGCAUCAUCAAGAUCCCAGUCUCUCAAUUGAUGAAUGUCCUACGUGUUCAGGAGGCAUUGCUGCAGAAGAGCAAUCUUGGCUUUGUCCGUGAGCCAUUGAUGCGUGAAGUCCAGCAUGGCAUCCGAUCGUGUGGUGUGCUGCACCCUUUGAACUUGACUGAAGUUGUUUUACUUCAAAAGGUCAUUUACAAAUGGUCUGGCAUUUACAAUUGUCAUGCCGACAACGAGCCUUCUUGGGAUCUGUUCUGUGCCAAGUACCAGUCCUUUUUUAAGAGGGUUGCGGUGGAGCUGCCCACCAUUGAGCCCCGUGAGUUGCGAAGGUCUUGGGCAUCGCUUCGUGCAAAGCACCUGAGAAAAUGGCAAACCUGUUGGGCCUCAGCUGAGAUCUACGGCGGCAUUGCUAACAAGCGCGAGGAUCUCCGAUCGCAGUCCUUCUUCUUGAUCUGUCGAAAUACUUUGAUCGGCGCUGCUGUUAGCCAGCCUGUUACGGUCAGCAAUGGCACGCCUCAAGGAUGCCCGCUGUCAAUACUGUCUGUCAAUGCUCUCAUGUCCAUUUGGGCAGACUCGCUCCGCCAGCGUGUGCCUGAGCUUCGGGCUGGUGCGCUCACGAUUACUGAUCAGUUUGAUAACGAUUCGGGCUCCUCGCCAAACCGUGAUAAGACUAAGGCCACUGCGCUCACUGUGACGUUGCUCGUGAGCGCGCCGAGCAUGCAAUCGACAUUGCGCGCCGCAUUCAAUUUGCGCCGCUUUAUUUUGAUGUUAGGUGAUUUGGUGGAUCCUCAUAUCAGAUCCGGCCCGUAUACGUGCUGGCCUGCGCACAGCAGUGCGACUUGGAAAGGCCGCGCUGGCUUAGCUUCGCAAGUUCAGCGUGCUGCCGAAGCACUCGCUUUACACUGGGCCUCACCGUUUGAGCUUGAGUGGACCGGUGGCUCGCUCAGUCUCUUGAACGGUGAUGCCUCCCACUUCCUUUCUAAGCUUUGUGACUUUGCUCGGCAUGCUGUGUUGAAGAGGGCAGCCAAGCGGCCAUGUCUUCGGGGUGUCGCUUCUCAAGUUGAUACUCUCGCCUCGAGUGCUUUGCUCCGCUCGCCUUCCUGCAGUUCUUAUGAUAAAGGGGUGCUGCGCUCGAUCUUGUGCAAUGGUGUCCUUACGCAGCAUGCCCUUCAUGCGCAGGGCUCUGCCUCUUCAUCGAUGUGCCCUUUCUGCAAGCGGCAGCCUGAGACGUUGCUUCACUUGUGUUGGAGUUGCCCACACUGGGAAGACAUUCGGUCGAGCUUCCGGCUCCCGAUCCUCAGUGAAGCGCAGCAGUGGCCUGUGUGCACUCAGCUCUGUGGCAUUUUCCAUCUGCCCGACUGCAUUGUGCAUGCGCAAACCUCUCUUGAGGCUGAGACGUUUUGCCUUCCGCACGUCCCCCUUCCUGUUAGUGGGUGUAGCGUCCUCCCUGUUUGGGUUGAUGGUUCUGUGUUCCAGAGGGAUGACCCAAGGCUCGCCAGGGCUGGUGCUGGUGUCUUCGUCUGGGGCGGUUGUCGCCAUAAUCUCAAGUUUCCCAUUCAGGGGCCUGUGCAGUCUGUUGAGCGUGCUGGCUUGCUGAGGUGCCGGGACAUCCUUCGCGCAAAGACAUCCUUGAGCGCAAAAUUUCUUUUGAAGACUUUUAAUGGCAUGCGUGGCGCUCAUCAGUUGGCCGUUGCCAUGGUUGCCAUUUUCAACGCUCGCAAUGCCGCUUCUCAGUUGACAAGCGCGGCAGUGACGCGUGCUGCCAAGGUUUCGGAGGUGAAAACCAAUGCUUUGAUCGCUGAGCUGCGUGCUCACAACGUUUUAAUGUUGCUGCGCCGCGCCAAAGAAAGCAACUACACCACAUCGCCGGUGGGCGGGCCACGCUCCGGCCUUACCUAUACCUACGGUGUGAUGGAACCCGUCUCAUCAAGGUGCCUGCUACGCAGCUUACUAGCGUCUUGCAGAGAAGCGGCCCAGAUGGUAUCUUUGCCAAAUGAGAAAUGGAGAACCGGUGCUCCAACGCUCCCGCUUGCUCUCAUUCACCAGUCCCAUCUGCGUGAAAAGGACUUGGACAAAGCUGUUAAGGCUGCCACUGGACUUGCUGGUUUCUGCGGCAUUCACCGCAGCUCCACUGGCUCCAAGAGUCUUCGUUUAAAUGCUGAUGGCAUUGCCAAUGCUCGCACGACACU